AAGUUUUGAGAUAAAUCACCUUUAAAAUUAAUUUGGAGUUUUAGUUUAAAAUGUUUUGAACAUUCGAUCAAAAGAGCCAUAGAAUGACGGUUAACAUAUAAUUCGUCUAAAGAUCAAGUAAGUUACUAAAAUAUGUUAUAUAUGUUUAACAUAAACAAACAUAAAAGGAAAUCGUAUAUAUGUUCUACAUAUGACCAAUCUUGUAGAUGUUUUGAGUGAGAAUGAUUUGGCCUGCAUAGAUUUAGAAAUGAUGAAUCAAGUCCAAUCAUAUCUGGAAUAUAAGGAAAAUCCAUUUGACAUAUCACAUAUCUACAUUAGUUAAAACAUUUAUUUAGUAAGUUUGGUUAUAUAUUUAAACUUUAUGAUACAAACAAAUGUCUUGAUAAUGAUAUUUUUUUCUUUUCGGGGUCAACAUCAAAUUUACCUAACAAAAACAAAAAGAUGCCAUAAUUUUAGAAUGAGAAGCGAAUCACGUAAUUGCCAAACCCCCUAGACCCUAGUACCUAGACAAUUACAGUGACACGGAGAGAGAUACAUACACUAUGCAAAUCAGUUGUCCAAAAAAACUAUACAAAUCUAGAACGCUCCUUCAAAACCACUAACGAAUUUUUGAUAUAACAAAUAAAUUAAUAAUAAGCUUUUGAUCUAAAUAAAAAUAUAACAAGUUCUGCCAAGUCGUAUCAAGAAUUUAAAUAUUACUAAUCUACAGAGAAUCACAUGGUUCAAAUAUGUCUUUAGAUGGACCGUAUAAAAAUAUUAUCGUAAGACAUCAGAACCGUUUUCGACUUACAAGCUACAAAUGACCGUAACAAAAUUCCACAUCAAAAAAUAAUAUUAAAUAAUAUAUAAAAGACUAAAUUCCAUAUAUCAGUCCAUCUAAUAUUAAUUAAAAUUAUCCAUGUAUUACUAAUUAUCUAUGAAAAUUUAAAAUAUUUUGCCAUCAAAGAAAUUUUACCUUUUGAUCAACAUUCUGUUAGUUUUACAUUUGUUACAUACUUAGACCAUUUUUUUUUUGUAUUUGGAUGCAUCAUCAGAAUACAACAUAUGAAUGUUGCAUUCAAAUAUGUUUGUUUUUAUAAUUAGUAUUGUAUAUACAUACAACAAACAUCAUGAUGCUAAAUUGUUUGUUUUUUAUUUUAUAAUAGCAUUUGAGUGUUACUAGUUAAAAAAUGAAAGACAUAAUUUAUAUUAUUGAUAAUAAAUUCAUUAUUGUAUUUGAAUAAUAUUUAAAAUUAAAUUAAAAUUAAAUUAAAAUUAAAUUUGUCAGAAAACUAAUUAUUAUAUUCGAAAUUUCCAGAAACUUUUUAAAUAAUAAUUAAUUAAAACUUACAUUUUAUAACUUAAGGUUUUGGUGGGUAAUUUUUGCGAAUUUUUUGAGAAAAUGUGAUUUUGCAUUUCUAAAUAAAACACAAAUUUGCAGUUUUGAUAUAAAAAAAACAUCCUUUUGUGAUUUUGAUGAUAAAAUCCAUUUUUCGUGAUUUGGUGUAAAACAUGGUUUUGUAGUUUGGCGGAUAGUUUGAUUUUAUAAUUUUAGAAGGAUUGCAUGAUUUUAUAUUUUUUUGUGAUUUUGACAAGAAAAUCCAAUUUGACAGUUUGGUUGAGAAACUCUAAUUUUGUUUGUUUUGGUGAAAAAAAUUGACAAGAAAAAUUUGAUUUUACUGUUUGGUGAAAAAUCAUGGUUUUGGGCAAUAACUUGAAUUUACUAUUUUGACAAAAAAAAUUGAUUUUAUAGUUUCGGUAAAAAAAUUCGAUUUUGUAGUUUUGACGAAAAAAACUUAAUUUUAUGGGUUUGACGUGAAAACAUAAUUUUGUAUUUUUGGAUAAAAACUUGAUUUUAUGGUUUUGACGAAAAAAUGAUUUUUCAAUUUUGGCAAAAAACUUGAUUUUACGGGUUUAACAGAAAAAUAUUAUUUUACAACUUAUAUUUAAUAAUAAAAAUAAUUAACAUAAACCUAGUUACUUUUAUAUUUGUAUAGAUGUUAUUUAAAUAUUUUGGAUUCUGAGAUUAAAAUUUUGCAUUCAAACUCCACAUUUUUUUUCAUAUGAAAUAUCUAGUUUUUAAAUGUUAUGAAUUUUGCAUCCAUAUACAUUAUUUAGAUACAUAUAAAAUCGUGUCCAAUUGAAUAAUAUUUAAGCAUUUGCAUAUAGAUGCAACAUCUGACAUAGAAACAAAUGAAUCUGUACAAAUAGUUUUAACAAAAGUAUAUACUGUAUAUACCAAACUUUUCUAUUCUAUUUUUUAAAUCAUGAACUAAUGUGGAAAAUAUGUUACACUUUCAACUAUAUAAAAUUAUUUUAAGAUUUUAAUAAUAAUUAUAUGUAUAAUUUAAUUAAAUAUGCAGCCAAAUCUAUAUGUUAUCUUAUUAUGUAAGAAGUCAAAUUUUUAUAAAUGAUAUACUAAUUUCAUUAAUAAAUUUGAAAUCAUAAUUUUUUUUUAGAAUGAAUGUAGUGACAAUACAUAAAUAAAUAUGUAAACAAUCAGUUUUCAAUUAAGUCUAAAAGUAAUUUAAAGAGCAUAUGUCGUAAUAAAUUUCAAGUUAUGUCAAAUUUUUUGAUAAGCUAUUUUUUUCUUCUCAGAAUGAAAUGAUGAUAGGUGAUUUUUUUGUUAAAAUUACAUUUCGAAUGAUGUUUGAAAGAAUGUACAAUAUGGAACAAAAUAUGUCCCUUCUUUUAUUAGCAUAGAUCUAAAGUCCAUUAGCAUAGAUCUAAAGUCCAUUAGCAUAGUUCCUUGGUGUUGAUUCUCAGAGCUUGAAGUUUGUGGGGAUGAACAGAACAAUAGUAAGAAGGAUGAGCUCAGUGAACAGCAAGUUCUUUCACAUAGCAUUAGUAGAAUGUAGAGACUUCAAAGGCACAAGACUCAACAUUACUGGUGCUUCUGAUAGUCCUAACUCUGAUGGUACCCACAUUGUGUCUAUAGGACAAGGAAAUUUUCAGAUCACAAUCGCAAGUAUCAAAUGUGGACCAGGUCACGGUAUCAGGUAAAUCAUCAUGAAAUGUAGCAAUAUCUCCCUUUUUGUAAAUGUAGCAAGAACAAACCGCCUUGAUCUGAUUGGCAUUGAAUGUGUUACUUAAGAUUUGUUACUGAAAUGGCUCCGAGAGCAUGGUUCUGAUUCAGUUUCUUGUUGUCGGUAGCAUCUAAGGUGAAGCUGAGUGAGAUAUACUUCAAGAACAUAAGAGGAACUUCAUCUUCAAGAGUCGCGGUGCAGCUGCGUUGUAGCAAAGGAAUGCCAUAUAAGAAAGUGUACUUAAUUAGAGAAUGUUCAUCUUUAUCUUUCUUCUUCUCGUGGAGGGAGUGGAGAAAAGCAGACCAGAAACAGAGGAAUUGAAGCUGUCUCUUCUUCUUGUAGAUACGUUAUAGCUAAAUACAUUGGGACUCAAAGCCCACCUCCAUGUCACUAAUUUUUAUUACCAUCACGCAUGAACAUUUUCUUGUUAUUUAACUUCUAUGCUUUGUUAUGGCCUCUUGUCACAAGUUUUCUUCAUAAUGGGUCAUAUACCGUUGGAGAAUUUUUUUAGAUAAUCUGAUUCCAUUUUCAAAAAAAAGUUCUUGGCUAACUUAAAGAUAAAUGACAAGAAAAUACUUGUUAGGUAAAAAAAUUGGUUAGGUUAAAGAUGGAAUGCGAAAUCAUUGGGGGGGAAAUGCAUCAUGUCAAGAGUGCAUCUAACAAAUUUUAUCCAUAUAAUAAUUAUUUUACUAACCAAUAUAUUAAUAUGAGUAAAUAAUAAGAUUGCUUACAACAAUAAUAUAUGCAUACGCAUUUGCCUAUAUAUAAGCAAUUAAGGACACAUCAUCUUUGUUUGUUCCCUGAGAUAUUGCUCCCUCCUGGUUGCUAAGAUGGAAGUAGAAUCAGAAACUCAAGAACUGCAUAUUCAUGUCAACGGCGAACCUGAAAGGAAAUCUUCAACAGAACAGAGGAGUCACAACUACUCAUGGAGGUUAAGAGUGUCUCUCUACGUCAUUCUCCUCUUAGCUGGAGAGACAAUAGCCACUCUCUUAGGUAGACUUUACUACGACAAAGGUGGCAACAGUAUAUGGCUCGAGACCUUAGUUCAGCUAGUUGGGUUUCCUUUAACUCUUCCUUGCUAUUAUUACAUAAAGCAUGACUCGUCUUCCAAAACUAAUAACUUAACCAAUAAAACAACAACUUCCUUCUUGACACUUCCUUUGGUUUACAUUGGACUUGGCUUGCUUGCUGCUGGUCACAGUGUCCUGUAUUCUUUUGGAUUACUCUACCUUCCUGUCUCAACUUUCUCUUUGAUCUCCGCGUCUCAGUUAGCUUUUAAUGCUGUCUUCUCUUACUUCCUUAACUCACAGAAGUUCACACCUUGUAUACUCAACUCACUUGUUCUCUUGACCACAUCUUCUACACUUCUUGUCAUCCAACCUGAGCCUGAAUCUUCUACUUCAAACUCAUCAUCCAAAUACAAUUAUGUGAUUGGAUACAUCUGUGCCAUCGGUAGCUCAGCUGGUUAUUCUCUAGUACUCUCUUUAACAGAUUAUGCGUUCGAAAAGAUUCUGAAAAAAUACACUUUCAAGGCUAUUUUGGACAUGGUCACGUAUCAGUCUUUGGUAGCUACUUGUGCAGUUGUGGUUGGACUCUUUGUAAGUGGUGGGUGGAAAAUGCUUAGGACGGAGAUGGAAGAGUUUAGGCUAGGGAAAAACUCUUAUAUUUUGAUAAAUAUUGGUGCAGUGAUAUCUUGGCAAGCUUGUUGGAUUGGUAGUGUGGGUUUGAUUCUUGAAGUUUCGUCGCUUUUCUCAAACGUGAUAAGCACUCUUUGUUUACCUGUUGUUCCUGUUCUUGCUGUUGUCUUCUUCCGAGAUGAGAUGAGUGGAAUCAAGUUGAUUGCAAUGUUUUUGGCUAUCUGGGGGUUUGUUUCUUAUGCUUACCAGCAUUAUGUUGAUGAUCCAAAACAAGAAGAAGAGCAAGAGAUUCCUCAAGGUGAAGAGGAAGAAAAAGAAACACAAGAAGAGAAGAGUAACAACAUUCAGGACUAGACAGAGAUCCAAGAUCUAAGGUUUUAUAAAUUUUAAUAACUAAACCCGUUGUGGGAUGUAACAAAUCUCCUACAAUAAAUGAUAUCACUAUUUGACCAAAAUAAAAAAAAAAGAUAUAUCUGUUUGGCUAAAUAUUAAUCUAUUUGUAUAUAAAA